AUGAAACACAUGAUGGCCAACGGCAGCGAUCUGGACGAGGAACCUGCCGCCCCCCAGCGGCCGAGCCACGCGAACCUGCCACCGACGUCCGCGAGGAACCUGCCGGUGGAAGAAGUGAGCUUGAGCUUGAGCGAUUACAUCACACAGGUGGCCGCAGAAGAGGGGCUGAUCUUCCUCCCAAAGAAGCAGCAGCGGAAUGGGAAGCAGGUGUAUCAACUUGGAGCUGCCACCAUCCAGCUGGAGAAGAACCUUAUUUACGUUGCGCCGAAGGGAGAAGGUGAAUGGAAGGCCGCGUCGAUGGAUGAAUUGCUGAAGCUGGCGAAGGUCACAAAGAAAUGAAGCACCAGCCCGUCACCCAGCUGUGGAUUGCAGUGUUCCCAGAAGAUGACAUGGCCAAGGAUGGACAGAGUAGGCAUGAUAGUCCGGUUUGAUUUGAAUCUUCAAUACAUUAUUGUUACCUUGGAUCAUGAAUUUGUUGCGAGGCUCCGACCCUGUGUCCAACGAACGGGGGAGCAACACAUGUCGCUGCACUUUAAAUGCGCCAUGCGCUCGAUGUCGGUCUUUCUCACCGCACCUAGGUGGCAGGUCUGA